CCCCCCACCACCACCUCUUCCCCAGGUUUUUUUUUCCCCCUCUGUUGUCUGAGAGUGAGACAACAGCGAGGCUGUGGCCUUGAAGGUGCCGGCGUACUUCACCGUCACAGACACUCGGCCACGCCGUGUCUGCUCCUGCUGCGCUCCUCCGGUGAUUUCAGGUCUCUCCUUUGUUUCUUUAUUGGGCGCCUCGUUAGACGCCGUGUUGCCGCGCCGUGCCCCCGCCGUGCCCCUCCUGCCUUCGGUCAGCACAGACGGAGCUCCGCGGUUCCCGUCCUGCAUGGCUUCAGAAACGUAACGCCGGCUGCUCGGACGACAAGGGAAGAAGAGUUGUAAAGAAACAGAGAAAAGGGCAGGUUGAAGGGGAGAGAGAGAGAGCGCCGCAGGGACACAGAGGAGGAGAUUGACCUGUUGUGGAAGAGGAGAAGUACCCCUCCUCUGGGUGGCGUCAGCGAGGCUCCCUGCCCCCAGCAUGACGGAGCGGCCCGCCCUCUGCUUAUGCAUGGCCAUGACAGAGCUGGACUCUGCGUGCCCUCCCAUCACCCCUUACUAAUGAGCCAGUGCAUCUGGGACCUUGGACCACCAGCAGGAAGCAGAGACAAAACAAGACAAUAGAUCUGUAAGCAAGGGGCAAUGAGCCAGAUUCCCCUGAAGGGUGUAUUUCACUAGUCCUAAGGUUUUGUUUGCUUUGGUGAGCAGUCAGUUGCCCUUGGUCAGCCAAGAGUAUCAUUUCAUUUUUUUUUUCCCCGAGUGCGUCUCGAGCUGCCGCCAUGGCGGCCAGUGUGGCCAUAGGCCGCGACACCAAGUGGCUAACGCUGGAGGUGUGCCGGGAGUUCCAGAGGGGCACCUGCUCCCGCUCCGACGCCGAGUGCAAGUUCGCCCACCCGUCCCGCUGCUGCCACGUGGAGAACGGCCGUGUCAUCGCCUGCUUCGACUCGCUCAAGGGCCGGUGCACGCGCGAGAACUGCAAGUACCUCCACCCCCCGCCGCACCUGAAGACGCAGCUGGAGAUUAACGGUCGCAACAACCUGAUCCAGCAGAAGACGGCGGCCGCCAUGUUGGCUCAGCAGAUGCAGUUCAUCCUGCCGGGAGCCCAGCUGCAGCCCAUAACAACGUUCCCAGUGACCCCCUCCCUGGCCUCUAGCCCCAACGUGGCCUUCAGCCCGUACCUGGGUCACAUGAGCCCGGGCGUGGGGCUGGUGCAGGAGCUGCUGCCCAGCGCCCCCAUGCUGGUUUCGGGGAGCCCCUCCGGCCUCGCCAUGGGAGGCAGCAGCCCCUCACAGAAGCAUCUGCGCACGGACAAGCUGGAGGUGUGCAGAGAGUUCCAGCGGGGAAACUGCACCCGGGGUGAGAACGACUGCCGGUACGCCCACCCGCUGGAGGCGGCCAUGGUGGACGGCAGCGAGAACUCGGUCAUCGUCUGCAUGGACUACAUCAAGGGCCGCUGCUCCCGGGACAAGUGCAAGUACUUCCACCCCCCCGCCCACCUGCAGGCCAGGAUAAAAGCCACGCAGCACCAGGCCAGCCAGAACGCCGCCGCCGCUGCCAUGUCCCUACCCCCAGGGGCCCUGCAGCCGAUACCAAAGAGGCCCACCCUGGAGAAGACCAACGGGGCCGCCACGGCGGUCUUCAACCCCAGCAUGUUCCACUAUCAGCAGGCUCUGGCCAACAUGCAGCUCCAGCAGCCAGCCUUUAUCCCUGCAGGCCUGUUGAAAGCCCCCGCCCCGCUGGCAGCGGAGGGCCACUGGGAGAGGCGGGACUGGAGCAGCUGCAGGCACCCCCACAGCCGCUUCUUGUCAGUGCCUGGAAUUACUGUAGACCCAGCCGAGGUUCUGAGCGCCGACCUGGUGGAGCUCCAGUGCGUCCCCAUGGAAACACACUUCUGCCCUGUCCCCAAACUCCAGGUGGCGUCUCCAGUGGCCCUGAACCCAGUAAGCCUGUCCUGAAACUCCACCUAAAUCACCGACGCCACGCCACCCCACUAAUCCACUGACAACACGCGUCCCCCCCACCCCACCCCACCCCAAGAACCAGUGACCAGAAUGCAGAAGACAACAUAUGACAUGUGCCUAAUUUUCAUGACAUCUCCAACGGGCAAUAGUGUGAUCUUAUUUCAAAGAUAAUAAAAAAAUAUAAAAAAAAAACAUUAUCUGUACGGACUCACCCUUCCCUCACCGUAUUUACACAGACAAUACUGAGCUGGACCCAGGACUGUUAUUAAAGUAUUUUGAUACAAGAAGGCAAAAAAAUGGGGGCUUGCUGAUUGUGGGGGGGGAAGCGACGGAGGAUACACAGGGCCCCAUCACACACAGUCAACACAUGCAUACACAGAACCACCCACUGAGAAAAGUGGGCCUCCUGCAGAACUCCUGCAGAAACAGAGAGCGAGUCCUCAGUUCUCAUCACACACACACACACACACACACACACACACACACACUGAGGGCCUCAGUGCUGAGAUGUGUGUUCUCGUGACCCAGCACACCGGAACCUUCACCAGGAAUGACAGUGGGAAGGGGAGUCCAAUGAGAACUGAAAGCAAAAAAAAAAAAAAAA